CGGGACGGGGCGGGAUCCGAGGGGUAUUCGGGGCCCUGAGGGCAGCUGGCCGUGGGCGGACCGACCUGCGGCGCUCCUGGUCUCCAGCGCUCGCCCGGGAACGGCCGAGAAGACGAAGCCGCGCGGGUGGCGGCCUCGCAUGGGGGAACCGCCCCUCCAAGGCCGUCCUCGGGCCCUUGGCCAGUGGGGGGAAGAACGGGACAGUGGGUUCUGGCAACGGUGGGGGGGGGGCGAAGGCAGCCCAGCCUGGCUGCGGGGGUAAAGUGGUUCUCAGACCUGUUUGGUGCCCGAAAACUACUUGAGUGAAAGAGAACUUAUCCACUGGAUGACGAGGACAUCGACAACCAUUGAAGAUGGUGACAAGACCCCCCCUCCCCUGAGCUGAUCCCCUUUCUACAGCCAGGAGCCAAUGGCCGGGGACAGAGCCAAACCCUGUGAGCUGGACCAAGAGAAAUACGAUGCCGAUGACAAUGUGAAAAUCAUCUGCCUGGGGGACAGCGCUGUGGGCAAGUCCAAACUUGUGGAGAGAUUUCUCAUGGAUGGAUUUCAGCCCCAGCAGCUGUCCACAUACGCCCUGACCCUGUACAAGCACACGGCCACGGUAGACGGCAAGACCGUCCUUGUGGGCAGUCAGAGCUGUGUUCACGUUGCAGACUUUUGGGACACAGCAGGCCAAGAGCGGUUCCAGAGCAUGCACGCCUCCUACUACCACAAGGCCCACGCCUGCAUCAUGGUAUUUGAUGUGCAGAGGAAAAUCACCUACAAGAACCUGAGCACCUGGUAUACAGAGCUUCGGGAGUUCAGGCCAGAGAUUCCAUGCAUUGUGGUGGCCAAUAAAAUCGAUGACAGGCCCAUGUCCUACCUUCUCUCUACAGCAGACAUAAAGAUGACCCAAAAAAGCUUCAAUUUUGCCAGGAAGUUCUCCCUGCCCCUGUACUUUGUCUCAGCUGCUGAUGGUACCAACGUUGUGAAGCUCUUCAGCGAUGCGAUUCGAUUAGCUGUGUCUUACAAACAGAACUCCCGGGACUUCAUGGAUGAGGUUUUGCAGGAGCUUGAGAACAUCAGCUUGGAGCAGGAGGAGGAGGAUAUGCUGGACAGAGAGCAGCGUGGCCGCAUCGAGAGCCCGCCUCCCUCCUGAGUCACGGAAGGAGGCCUCUCCCCGUGGCCGGCUCGGUGGGGAGGGGGAGUUCAGCAUACCCCUGCCUUCGGCAGCCCUUCAGCUCUCACCUGAGACAUUCUUCCGGGCCAUCCCCUGCCAUACCUCCUGCAGACCCAACCAUCCCGUUUGCUCCCCCACUUCCAUGGCCCAUGAGACCUGACCCUUCACAGUUGUUGCCUCCCCUGUAGUCACGGGCAGGGAAGGGGUCAACACCAGCAAGAGCCAUCAACAGGUGUAAGAGGUCCACACCAGACCCUGAGGCAGAAUUAAGGAUGGACCCUCCAGGUUAUGUGGGACAGUGAAGAAAAUCGGGGAACAUUCUGUGUGUGUCUCUUAAAUAAAAGGAAAUUUAGGUGGGUUUUUUCCCCCGUCCCAGAACUGA